CCCAGCUAGGAUUUUCACAGAGUACCUCAACUUGGUCGUGCUGUACCUACAUGCAAAUGACCAGCACAGCCAAGCUGAUUGACCUUCACCAACUCCUGGUUGAGGAAUGUAACGCCACCUCAGCAAAAUGUGAGCAUGCUGGCCUAGAAGAGCCAAGCUGUUGUGGCUGCAUAUAGAUCUUCCACAGUGUAAAAUUUAUAAAAUGUAAAAUUUGCUCUAAAGUGACAACGUGCCUGCCCAUUGUAGUUAAAUUUGAAAAUUUCCCUCAAAGGGCUAAUAAGCUAAUAGUUAUAAGUUCUUAUUUUGAACGUUGGAGACCGGAAGUUAUGAUUUUGCUUUGAGCCGUAAACGCCAUUGAGGUGAGCCAGCAGAAACCCCACACCGACGGAGUUUGACGGAUCAAGAGUCCAUGAUUUACACAGAUCUCUGCCACAAAACGCGUUAUAAGCUGGAUAAAGGCAGUAUUUUAACCCGUGACUGACACCAGAAUGGAGGUAUCGAGGAGAAGAGUUCUACCAAAACACCUGGAGCCAGCGAGACCCCUGCGCCGCCUCCAUCAUGAUGUUGAGCCAAUAGUAAAUACUGCUGCAUGUGCGCACACACUUAAGGAGCAAGAGACAAAUGGUGGUAUAGAGCAGUUCUACAAAAUUGUCAACCUCUGCAGACCAAAUAAAGCCAGAAUAUCUUACACGAGGGAUUUUUUGAUCCGUCUGGCCAGCUGCCCUCAGGCCAAGAAGAAACCAGAAUACUUGCCAGAGCACCCCAUUGUGUUAUGUGAGGCGAGAGAUCCUGGGCAACUUGAGCUUGGAGAAAUAAGGUGGAAUUGUGGAAAAGAAAAUAGGGUGGCAGAAAAUCUUCAUUCACCUUGAGGAAUUUGCACAGAUCUUACUGUUUACUGCACAGUGUUUUUUGAUUGUUGUUUGCUAAUAUUCUUUCAUUUCAACUAACAUGUCAUUUAAAUUAGCAUGUCUGACAAGGAUUUUACUUUCAUUUUUGUUUUUGAUAAAACUUUCUGCUGUGUUCUUUUGUGUAUUGUGUAAAAAAUAAGCUAAAAAAGAAGAAAGUGCAAAUAUUUCCCCAGAAGCUGAUAGAGAUAUCCUGAAUGUUGAAUAUCAGACUUGACAAUGACCAAGCUGAUAUUAAUGGGAACAGAAAUGACUGACAUUAUUGCUGUGUGUGUGUGUGUGUGUGUGUGUGUGUGUGUGUGUGUGUGUGUGUGUGUGUAUGAUGCAUACAU